AUAGAAUAGGUAACAACUCCAAACAAGCAGUUACUGCACCUCUAAACUUGUUAGGCUUUAGUACCAAAUUUUCGUCUUGGAACUCUUCUGGUGCAGAAGGCCACUACUGCUUAUUUGCUUAUUUCGCUGUCUUCAAUCUAUCUGCAAGAGCUCAAAAAUGUGGAUGAAACCUUAGAUUAGCAUCACAUGGUAGUCUCAAGGUCUCUCAGGAGACUCUCAAACUUGUCAUAUAAUUUAAAUUCGUCUUUCCACAAAAAAAGUGUGUUCUUCAUAGCUUCACUAUGUCCAAACCAAGUCUCCCAACUAGCUCAUCUUCACUUUUCUCCAGAAGUCUAUUUAUCCCUACACGCGAUCGUAGAAAGCUGCAAAUCUAUGGACCAACUUAGGCAGAUUCACUCAGUAACGAUCCAAAAUGGCCUUGCUUCUGAUCCCACAAUCUGCUCCAAGAUCAUAGCUUUUUGUGCUACUUCUGAAUCAGGUGAUAUGAAAUAUGCUCGUUCUCUGUUUGACAUAAUGCAUGAACCAGGAGUCUUCGUUUGGAAUACAAUGAUCAAGGGCUAUUCAAGAGAAAAUAGUCCAGAAAAUGCAGUGUCAAUUUACAGAGAGAUGUUAAAUGGCAAUGUACGACCGGACAAUUAUACAUUCCCCUUCUUCCUUAAGGGUUUUACUCCUGAAAUAUCGUUAAACAUAGGGAAAAGUACGCAUGCUCAUAUAUUUAAAUUCGGGUUUGAGUUAAAUGGGUUUGUUCAGCAUUCGUUGAUUCAUAUGUACUGUUUAAGUGGGGAAGUUGAUAUGGCUCGUGGCGUAUUUGAUUUGAGUUCUAAAACUGAUAUACUAAUUUGGAAUGCUAUGAUUUCUGGGUACAACAGGUCCAGACAAUUUGGAGAGUCAAGGAAACUCUUUUAUGCAAUGGAGGAGAAGCGAUUGCAGCCCACUUUUGUAACUCUUGUCUCAGUAAUAUCCGCUCUCUCACAGCUUAAGGAUUUAGAUACUGGCAACCGAGUUCAUCAAUAUGUUAAGGACUGUAAGGUAGAGUCUAAUUUGGUUUUGAACAAUGCUUUAAUUGACCUGUAUGCGGGUUCUGGAAAGAUGGAUGUUGCACUUGGCCUAUUUCAGAGCAUGAAGCAUAGAGAUGUUAUAUCAUGGACCACAAUUGUCAAAGGUUUCGCGAACAUUGGACAAGUUGAUGUAGCUAGGAAAUAUUUUGAUCAGAUGCCAGAGAGGGAUUCCAUAUGUUGGACAGCCAUGAUUGAUGGAUAUGUCAAAGAAAACCGAUCUAAAGAUGUCUUAAUGCUCUUCCGUGAAAUGCAAACAGCAAAGAUACGACCAGAUGAGUUCACUAUGGUUAGCAUCCUUACCACAUGUGCACAUCUUGGGGCUCUUGAACUUGGAGAGUGGAUCAAGGCUUACAUCGACAAGCACAAGAUUAAGGUUGAUAGACACUUGGGGAACGCAGUCAUAGACAUGUACUUUAAGUGUGGGAAUGUGGAAAAGGCGCUGAUGGUGUUUUCUGAAAUGCCUUGCAAGGACAAAUUCACAUGGACAGCCAUGAUUGUCGGUCUUGCAACUAAUGGAAAUGGGAGAGAAGCUCUAGAUAUGUUUUCUGAUAUGUUGAGAGCUUCAGAAACACCUGAUGAGGUGACUUACAUUGGCGUGCUUAGUGCUUGUACUCAUAUGGGUAUGGUAGAGGAAGGAAAAAGGUUUUUUAUUAGCAUGACCUCUCAGCACGGCAUUCAACCUAAUGUUACACAUUAUGGCUGUAUGGUUGAUCUUCUUGGUCGAGCAGGGCGCUUGGGGGAAGCUUAUGAGGUUAUAAAGAAUAUGCCAAUGAAACCAAAUUCAAUUGUUUGGGGAGCUCUUCUUGGUGCUUGUAAAGUUCACAAGGAUGUUCGAAUGGCUGAGGUUGCAGCUCAACAACUUCUUCAGCUAGAGCCUGAAAAUGGGGCCGUCUAUGUUCUCUUGUGUAAUAUAUAUGCAGCUUGUAAAAAAUGGGAAAACUUGCGCGAGAUAAGAGGAAUAAUGACGGAUCAGGGAAUCAAGAAGACGCCAGGUUGUAGUCUGAUAGAGAUGCAUGGGAUUGUUCAUGAAUUUGUUGCAGGGGAUCAGUCUCAUCCUCAAUCUAAAAGCAUCUAUUUAAAGUUGGCUGAGUUGAUUGAAGAAUUGAAAUUAGCAGGCUAUGUUCCUGAUACUUCAGAGGUUUCUCUUGACACAGGAGAAGAGGAGAAAGAGAACUCCCUUAUUCGGCACAGUGAGAAGUUGGCGAUUGCAUUCGCUUUAAUUAAUUCUGAACCUGGAUCCACUAUCAGGAUAGUGAAAAACCUUAGAAUCUGUGCUGAUUGCCACCAUGUAGCAAAGUUAAUAUCAAAACUUUACAAUAGAAAACUAGUUGUUAGAGACAGAACCCGGUUUCACCAUUUUGUACAAGGUUCAUGUUCUUGUAAAGAUUAUUGGUGAUCUCCUUACACAAGGAUAAGUUGCAGUAGUCCAAGUCACUACUCUCGUUUUCUUC